AUGAGUACUACAAUUAAUUCAUAUUAUGGAGAUCAACAACAAUCAAAUGGAUCAUUAAAUGGUAAUGAUUUAGAAAAACAUUAUAUCGAUGCUAAAGCUUAUAUUUUAUCAGCAACAACAAAAGAUGGUACCAACUUAUAUGAUCAUUUAGCACAUUGUAUAUCUCGAUUAUUAGCUGAUCAAUCACGAGAUGGCGCUGAUUUAGUAGAAGAUGUUAGUAAAAAUAUAAAAAGUGAAGCAACUCCACCACAACAUGAUACAUUACGAGAUCGACCAGCACAAGAUUCUGAACAUAUUUUAGCUGAAGAACAAAAACCACUUUUUGAUAAAGUUGAUCAUAAUGAAGAACUUGAUGAUGAAGCAUUACAAUCACCAUUACCACAUAUUCUUGAACAAGCAUAUUAUUUUGAACAAGCUGGUAUUAGUAUUGGAAAAGAUGAAGCAUAUCGAAUUUGGCUUUCACUUAAACAACUUGUUGAUAAAGGUCAUUUAGAAAAAUUACGUUUUUGGGGUAAAAUUUUUGGUACACAAAAAAAUUAUUAUAUAGCUGAAGCUGAACAAAAUGUUGAAGAUAAUACAGAUGAAAAUGAAUUAAAUGAAGAAACACAUAUAAAUGAUGAUAAUAAAGAAAGUGGUGAUGAAGAUAUGGAAGAUGAAGAAGAUCCAUUACCAAAAUCAACAUAUAAAUCACCAUCUAUUGUACCAAAAGAAGAACGUGGUACAGGUGUUAAUAAAUUUACUUAUUAUGUUUGUAAUCAUCCUGGAACAUCAUGGAUUAAAUUACCUAUUAUAACACCAGCACAAAUAUCACAAGCACGUUUAAUAAAACAUUUUUUUACAGGAGAUUUAAAUAAAGAAAUAAUAUCAUAUCCAGCAUAUCCAGGAACAGAAAAAAAUUAUUUACGAGCACAAAUUGCAAGAAUAAGUGCAACUACACAUGUAUCACCAGCUGGAAAAUUUAAAUUUUCUGAAGAAGAAGAAGAAGCAGAAGAAGAAGGUGCGAGAGAAAAUUAUCAAGAAAAUGAAGAUUUUAAAGGUGCAACAUUAUCAGAAUUACUUGAUGAAGAAUUAAAUGGAUGGAUUCAUCAUGUUCAAUAUAUUCUUCCUCAAGGACGAACAAAAUGGUGGAAUCCAGGUGAAAAUGCUGAUAAAGAAGAAGAAGAAAAUGAAGAAGAAGAAGAAAUGAAAGCUGAAACAGAAGAAAUUGAACCAGAACAAGGACCACCAUUAUUAACACCAAUCGGUGCUGAUGUUGAAAUACAAAAUACAAAAGCAUGGACAACAAAAAUUUCAUCAAAUCUUAUUCCACAAUAUGCAUGUGCUUUUGUUCGUUCAAAUCUUUGGCCUGGUGCAUAUGCAUUUGCUCGUGGAACAGCUUGGGAAAAUAUUUAUGUUGGUUUUGGACAUAAAUAUGGUACAACAGAUUAUGGACCAGAAUUACCACCAUUACCAGCUAAUGAAUAUAGUGAUGGACCAGAAAUUGGUGAAGCUGAAGAUCCAUCACCAGAAGAAGAAGCUAAAGCACGAGCAGCAGAAGAACAAGCAGCUGAUGAAGGUGAAGAAGAAGAACAAGAAGAAGAAGUUGACAAUGAAGAAAAUGAUGAUUAA